AAAAAUAUCUUAACUGUCACCAUAUCACAAAGUCUCACUGUCAGUCUUGUAUCGAAAAUGUCAAAACUAAUGUCAGUUGUCACUAAAGUGUCCCGCGCGAGUGCUAAACAGGGAGUGUAAUGUAAUGUGUAUUAUUCCCGCCAAGUAUCUGUCAAAAAAGCUAAAAUCGGGAUAAGUUUACGGCUGUAUCAUAUUGAUUUUAUUUUAUUUAAUGGUACAUUAUUGGUUGUUAAUCAUUCAUACUUUAAUCAAGAAAAAUGUCUAAUCAAGAAGAAAGUGACGAAAAUUGGAUUGCUGCUAUGGACAAUCUAUGUUCGCAAUUAAAUGUAGAUCCAGGGGCUACAAAAAAAUCAAAGGAUUCAUUUGCUGAAAUAAAGCGAAACUUUUCUUUAGAGGGUGAUUCACUACAUUGGAUGGCAUGUGCUCUCUAUGUUGCAUGCAGAACAUCCAUCACACCUACAGUUGAAUCAGGGAAGGCAGUAAAAGGGAACUGUGUUAGUUUAACAAGAUUACUUAGAUUAUGUAAUAUAAGUCUCAUUCAAUUUUUCACUAAAAUUAAGAACUGGAUGGAUAUGACUUUAAUGCCAUCUGAUUUUAAAGACAAAAUCAGUAGAUUAGAGCACAAAUUUGCUGUAUCAACAAUUUUAUUUAGAAAAUUCCAACCACUUUUUCAAGAAAUCUUCAUGGGCUUAACAAAUGAACCAGUAAAAACAAAAAGUAGCAAAAAACAUAAACUUCAACCUUGCAGUACCAAUGCAUUAUUUAACUUCACAUGGUGCCUCUACAUAAGUGUAAAAGGAGAGUUCCACAAUUCAGCUGAUGAUCUUGUCGACAUGUACCAUUUGCUUUUGUCUUGUUUAGACUUUAUGUAUGCUAAUGCAUUUAUGGCAGACCGAAGGGAUAUAUUGAAUCCCAAUUUUAGAGGUCUCCCAAGUGACUGGUCAGAAGAUGACUAUGAACAACCAAAUCAUCCACCCUGUAUAAUAUCAGUACUGUGCGAACUUAAAGAUGGACUUGCAGUGCAGGCCAGGACUAUGAAGGACUACAGCUGGAAUAGAGUUAUCAAAUCAUUCUUUGAAAAAGGAAUUUUAAAUGGCGACAGUGAGGAUCAUUUAGGAAUUUUAGAUAUUGGAAACUUUGACGUAAAUGUGAAAUCACUAAACAAUUUAUAUGAGACAUAUGUGCUUAGUGUUGGAGAAUUUGACGAAAGAAUAUUUUUAGGUGACCACGCUCAAGAACACAUCGGUACUAUCAAGAAAGUGUCCGAUACUGAAAUAUCACAAGUUAUAGCCAAUUUUGGACCGAGUAACAAAGGCUGCCCGGACACGCCUCUAACGGGGCGGAGGUACCUCGGACGAAGAGCUGAAGAGCUUACCCCAGUGUCGGAAGCAAACAACAGUUUAGCCCGACUGGCGUCUUUCCUCAGGCAAUCGAAGCCGCAACCCUCCGCUUGUCUUAUGAAACUAUUUGCCGAAUGCGGCGUAAGCGACGAAACAAUAACGAAGAAAGUGAUAGAACCCUGCAACACUUGGAUGGAACAAUUUGCUGAAAGCCUUUUAGAGAACCAAUGUAGUUCAGAAACCAUAGCCUACAGAUGCAAUAUGGUCACGUGUUUAUAUUACAAGGUCUUCGAACAUAUAUUACGCGACGAGCAUCGAAAGAAGCCACAGGUUUCUUUGCAGGUUCUAUUAUCACAAGAGACAUAUCAGUUGACAGUUUACGCGUGUUGUACUGAGGUGGUGCUACACUCGUAUGGGGUCCAUUCGCUAAGGUUCCCACGGGUCUUGCAAAUAUACAACCUUAGCGCUUUCCACUUCUACAAGAUUAUUGAGCUGGUUGUUAAGGCUGUGGUGGAGAAGCUAAGUAGAGAUGUCAUCAAACAUUUAAAUGCUGUCGAAGAGCAAGUCCUGGAGUCACUAGUCUGGACCGCAGAUAGUCCGUUGUGGGACCAGCUGGAUAAUACAUCUGUUCCGCCCUCCGCUAAGGUCACGAUACCUGAGUCACCGUUAAGGAGAGGUAUCCAUUCACCAAUGUCGACGGUUGACCGAUACCCUCCGUUGAUGGCGGACCAGGCGAAGAAGCAAUUGUUCAAAGAUAAUGUUAAGCCAGGCCAAUCGUUAUUAGUACAAACAAAUACAAAGAAUGAAUCUAGUCCAACAUCCUCAAAUGGUGAAAUCACUCCAAAGACCCCAAACACUACGCCUAAGAAGAAUAAUAAUUCGCUCAUGUUGUUCUUUAGAAAGUUCUAUAGCCUAGCUGUGGUUCGUAUGAACGACCUUUGCAUGCGGCUUCGUCUCACCGAUGACGAGUUGAAAAGAAAGAUUUGGACCUGUUUGGAGUACUCUAUCAUGCAUCAGACGCAGCUGAUGAUGGACAGGCAUCUAGAUCAGAUCUUGAUGUGCGCUGUUUAUGUUAUUUGUAAGGUAUCGAAUAGCCCUAGCAAUCAAGUAGAGCGAACGUUCACAGAUAUAAUGAGAUGUUACAGAGCGAGGCCCCUCGCUGAUAAUCACGUCUAUAGAUCGGUGCUCAUUAGCACCAAGGAAGGUUCACCAGAGAGAGGAGACCUAAUCAACUUCUACAAUAGAGUUUAUGUCCAAUGUAUGCAGAACUUUGCGCUGCGGUUCACUGGAAGAAAUCGAGAUGAGAGCAGCCUUUCGCCAUUGCCAGCAGCGCGUGGCGACGCGACCUACUCCCCCGGCGGACAACGCGUGUCUGGAGCCCCUCAGCUCUCCGUCAAGACCCUCACCGCCUCCCCGCCACCUCCCCCGCCUCACAAACACCAUCUCACUUAUCGGUUUAGCCGGAGUCCCGCUAAGGACCUACACGCAAUAAACACGCUCGUGUCGUGCGAAGUGGGCGGGCUGAAGCGAGUGUCGGAAACGGAGGAAGUGGUGAAGCGAGCUCGCUGCGGAAGUGCUGGAGUAGCCCGGAAGCUUCAGGGACUUGUCAGCGAUAGACAGGCUUUGUGAGAUGACAUUUUAAUUUUUCCAACUUUGAAAUGAUAAUCAUAGCUCUCUAGGCGCUAAAUUUGACGAAAUAUUUAACAUCAAAUCAAUAUAUAUGUCACAAAUUUGCUCUUGCAAACUAUUUGACGAAUUAAGUGACGUUUAAUGUAAGUAAAUCAAAGAAAUAUAGUAAAAAAAUAUAGUCAUCGUUAAUUUUAAUACAAUUCUGCGUCAGCAUUAGUUUUAACCGGCUUUAAAAAGGAGGUUAUCAAUGAGACGUGUAAUUGACAAAGACACGGUGUCCAUAUAUAUGUAUUAUGUAAAAAAAUUGUAGCGAUGUAAUUUGACAAUCCUGUAACGGAAUUUCAUAUAUUAAAAAAAUAUAAUUAAAAUAUUUUCCUAACUGGUUUAAUUGAUUCUUUAAAUACUUGAAUAAAGAUUAUAUAAGGUGAUUGAGAACAUUUAUAUUUUUGACUAAGCACUAACACUUAUUUAUAGGUAUGGCAAUGAGAUAAGCAACCUCUUUGUCACUUGACCAUUUUUAUACAAAUUGUAUGUAUUUUUCAAUACUGUAUCAUUAAAAAAUUAAAACAAAAAAAAUUGUCUAUAAAAUAAAAAUUUUGGGGUGGACCACCCUUAACAUUCAGGGUUUUGAAUGAUAGAUAGCCGAUGCUCAGACUUACUGUAUAUGCAUAAAAAUUUCAUAAGAAUUGUCGAGCCGUUUCGGAGGAGUAUGGGAGCAUUGUGACACGAAAAUUUUAUGUAUUAGAUUUUCCAAUACUAUCAAGCUUACCGUCUAUGUAUUUCAUAUAACUUUGACAUUGUCUCG